ACCUGCUAGAACCGCCGUGCUUAAAAUACAGCAGACAAGAUACAGCAGGAAACCAAGAUGAAAUAAUGGAGUCGGUUGGACAUGUGAGCGACUCUGUCCCAAACAGAUCAGCCUCUGCUGACCUUCUCCUCCCUUCAGCAUCUGGUUUGAGAAGAAGAGACCGCAGCAACUCGUCUCCUUCUGUCCUCUGUCCUCUGAUUCAUCAGGAUCCUCCUCCAGACGUCAGUAUCUUACCCCGAGCUGCUAGUUUACCCAGCAUGAAGCUCCAAAGCAGCUUUGAGGAGUUUACUCCUGGUUUCUGUGGAGAUCCAGAUGAUGAAACCUACCGGUUCCAGUGCUCCGGUCCAGGCCUGUACCAGUGCAGAGUGAGCGGCCUGGUGUUUGCCAUGAAGGGAGGAGGAGACGUGUUUUACAGGGUUGUUCCCUGGAACAGGACAUUACUGAGCCCACAUGGCAAGAAGCCUGCAGGACCUCUGUUUGACAUCAGCUGCCUGCAGCAGUCUGUGGCUCAGCUUCAUCUCCCUCACUGUGAGGUCCGCUCCACUGGACCAUGUCACUUCCUGUCAGUCGCUCAUCUCCAUGACGGAGGCGUGGAGUUCAUCAGGCCUGAGAGGAUCACAGAGACUCACAUCAUCAUCAGCAUCUCAGGGUUUUCUGCUUUUGGGAACGUCAAGGAUGAGGAUUCUCCUGCUGACCCGGUCCGAGCCUUGGUUCUGCUGUUCUACAGACCUGCAGCUGAUCCUGAGUCAGAACACGAGAUUAAUGUGUUGAUGCUGCCAAAGAACGUUGUUCUCACCAAUGUGCUGCGUUUCAGGAGGAAAUUAGACGAGAAUGAAAGAUUCCUGGAGACGCCUCCAGACUGCAAACUGCAGCCGAAUCAGGUUUACUCUCUGUCUGUCUCUCCUGGUGGCGACUCGGUUCUGGUUCAGCCCAAAGAAGCCGAGUUUGAUGCAGAACUAUGAAAAAACUACGUCUCAACGUUCCAGGUGGUUUAUGAGGAAAUGAUGAAACACAUCAGACUGUCUCUGACGGACAGCAGCUCCUGCAGCGUCUGGGAGAGACGGGUUUGUCUUUCUGCUGCCGGAGUCAGAAGAUCCUGUGGGCCGACUCGACAGAACCGCAGUCCAAAGGAGCAACUGAUGGAGAUAAGGAUCAACUUCAAGGAUGGAGUAUCAGGACCGGUUCUGCAGAGUCUGCUGGACAAUCUGCUGGAGAAAAAAGUCAUCAAUGAUUCAGAGAUGGAGGAGGUGGCGGCGGAGAGAACCAGAGGAGAAAAAGCUCGACUUCUAGUCGACACGGUGAGGAGGAAAGGAGAUGAUGCAAGUUCAAAGAUGAUCCACUUCCUCUGUGAGCUCGACCAACACUUCUCUGAAUAUUUGGAACUGAUGUGAGGAAGAAUCAGGCAGAGUGUAAAAACUACUGUUGAGACUAGAGAGACUUAAGACAAACAGGAAGCAUCACAUUUUAAAGAAACUGAGCAGUAAAGGAGGAUCUGCCCUUCAAAACGAUAACGACUCAAAACUACAACCUUAGAAUGGAUGAAAUCGUGUCCAGGAUGUGCGGGGUCUGCAGUGAUAUUAACUGCCCUUUUAUUUAGUUUAUAAGUAGUUAAAAAUGAUGUUAAGAAGUAGUUAUUGUUCACAUAGUACACAUAGAGAGUGUGAGGUUACUUAUGUUGAAAUAUCAGAACCGAUCAUACUAAGCAAAAAGUCAUUCAGAAAACCUGUGGAAAUGAGAUUCAGACCUCAGUGGUCCAACUUGAUCACACAUUUGGCAGCAGAUCUGAUUUUUGUAUGGAUUUAAUUGCUUGUUGUGUUUUACUAUAAGUCCAUGCUCUUAUUGGAAGACUAAAGUUAUCAAUUAUGAAUAAUUUGUCAAAUAAAACAUGUUAUUUCUAUAUGUGAAAUUAAAAAAACUGUUCCACACUUUAGAUUAAAAAUAUUUACUCACAUUUUUAUUUACUACAGAUGUUAUUGUUCAUAUGAAUGGUCAACAUUUCCUUAAACAUACAAUUAUCUAAAUGUUCAAAUCAGUGUUUUAAACUUUAAGUCAGAUAUUUGUAUCAUGUAUUUUUUUAAUUAUAUGUUCUGUUGAAAUGAUGUAAACUGGCUCAUUUGAUAGACCAUCAUCUUGAGUAUGAUGCUAUUAUCCCCCGUUCACAUUGAUGGGUCACAGUGUGUCUGCAUGAAUGGUUAUAACUGACACAUAUAAAAACACACAGAAAUGUUAAAUAAAUACUGGAAUAAAUAAA